UUCGCGUUUGAUCUUUUUUGCUAUCUUUUUUCAAUCUCAUCCUUAAAUUUGGGGAAAAUGUGACCUGGUAUAUUCACUAAAAGGAACCUCACACGGAUGUGCUAAUCUUUCAAGUUUGGAGAAUUAUUCUACUAAUAUCAUAUCAUAGAAGGAUAUAUUUCAAAUAUGUUACCCCUUGGGAUUGUUAGCUCAGCUCUAUAUCGUAGUCCCAACUGUGUACAACAAUGUCAUGAUCUCUCUUCACACUCCAAUGAGGAGUCCGUCAUACUUUGGUAACGUACUGAUUGUGAUAUCCGAUUCUAUUUGUGCAGUUUUAUAAUCACUUAAACUGACUAAAGUUCUUUUGACUGAUCAUAUUACAUCGCAUAAACUCAUUAUUGCAUCAUCAUGAAAAUGAAUGAAUGCUCAGGAACUCCGGGUACUAACAACUUUCGUUACAAGUUACCAAAAUAUGUCACUAAGACCAGUCUGGAAAGAACAGUGAAAUACUUUGAACAAACUUUCCGUCUUACUGUUGAGAAUGAGAGUACUGGUAAAUCUCAAUACAUUUAUGAAACUUUGUGUUCUACAUUUCCUCAUUUGAAUAAAGACAUACGUCACCAUUUUGCAAAGCAUGAGCUUGAGAGCCGCCAUAUUGAAUUAUCUGAAAAUGCUUUGAACCAACGACCAGAUAAUGAUAUAUCUACUCUGAAUAGAGUUUGUCAUUGCUCUGAACUAAAUACGAAGCUGAGAGAAUUACAAAGUCAAGUUAAAUCCCUGUCCUCAUGUAUUGACUCAUUACUAUCUGCUCAUUCAUCUCUUGACAAUGAUCGUAUUAACAACAUCGCCGACGAAGCUGUUAAAGUCAACCAAAACCAAGAUCCCAUCAAAUCUCCUACCUAUAUACCCAGUGGAGAUGUCAAUAACCCUUUUCAUCCACUCUUAGAGGACAAUGGAGAUGAUCUUUUGGUUGUCAGUACAAAGUCCCAAUCAGACCAACUAUCUGACUACAGAGAAAAGCAUCAGAAAGAAUGUCUACGAUUAAAGCACAUCGAAGAAAACAAGGAGAGAAUGAAAGCCAACGUACUAAUUAUCGGCGACUCAAUGCUAAAACCAAUCAAACCAUCAACCUUGUCUAGUUCCACAAAGGUCAUCUGUAAAACAAUUAGUGGAGCUAAGAUUGAUGAUCUUUUUGAUCCAACACAAUCCCUUGCUAACAAGCAUAAUGUAAAAGAAGUAAUCCUCCAUAUUGGUGGUAAUAACAUUCCUAUCAACGAUGCUAUGUGCAUUGCAACGAAGGUAGAAUCUUUGGGUUCACAAAUACUUGCGAAAUGCCCAACGGUUACCACAAUUACCAUCAGCUCUAUCAUAAGUAGAAGGCUAAAUCAACGUGAAACUAUGGAAAAGAUUAGCCUUGCAAAUAGUCUUCUACUUAAAGUGGCUGAAAACAAUGGUUGGAACUACAUAAACAAUGAGAAUAUUCAUGAGUCAAAUCAUCUAAGUAUCGAUGGAGUGCAUUUAAAUGCGAGAGGUGCUUCUGUAUUUGCCAUAAAUCUAUCUCAGCAUGUAAAUGGAAUUUCAUCUUCAGAUGAAACAGUACCAUUGGCUCAUGUUUUCUUGACAUUUCCAAAUGUUUCGACUGUGUUAAUCAUCAAUUACUCUUGUUUAAACUAGAGAAAUAUGGAAUUUAUGACAAAGAAUUAAAAUGGUUUUCUAACUAUAUCACUGGAAGAAAACAACUUGUUUCUUCAAAGGGUAAAAACUCCUCUAUAAAGGAAUUACCAGUAGGGGUACCACAGGGCAGUGUACUUGCUCCUGUUCUAUUUUUGUUAUUUAUUAAUGAUAUAUCAGAAGGCCUUAAUAAUGCUGUAUGCUCUAUUUAUGCCGACGAUGUAGUUAUCUAUGUUACUGGCGAUAAUAUACAUAAUGUUACUAUAGAUUUACAAAAUACGGUAAACACCCUAGAUAACUGGUAUAAAAGAAAUCGUCUUAAGAUAAAUGUUAAUAAAACGAAGACAAUGUUAAUUUCUACAAAGUCAACAGAAUGUCUUAAUAUCUAUAUUGAUAAUGAACUCAUAGAGCAAGUUCAUUCUAUCAGGUAUUUGGGUAUUAUCAUACAUGAAAAUUUAAAGUGGAAUGACUAUUUAAGACACUUAUGCAAAUCAACUGCUUACAAGAUUUACUACCUUGGCAAAUUAGCAAAAUUUUUAAACAAAACUUUACUUAAUACUAUAUAUAUAUCGUCUAUACAACCAUGUCUCGAUUAUGGUGUCUCAGUAUGGGGCAACUGCCCUAACAAACUGAAAUUACCCUUAUUGAGACUCCAAAAAAGAGCGGCCCGUCACGUAACCUCUAGCUAUGAUUAUAAUACAGAUUCUGGUCUCCACAUAAUGAACAAACUUUCCUGGCAAACGAUUGACGAUCGCCGUGAUUACUUCUUAUCAACUCUAAUGUACCAAUGUGUCCACGGUCUUGCCCCAUCCCGAUUAUGCAAUGAAAUAGAAAUGUACUUCGACAGGCAUGGAUUGAACACUCGUAAUGCUAACUCCCUUAAUGUCGUACCACCAAAACCUAACAUUCAACUCUUUUGUCAAUCCUUUAAG